AUGUUUUCUUAUAGGGAAGAUAAUGAAGUUGCAGGACAUGCAGUUGCUUCAGCAAGAUUGCCAAUAGAGCAAGGGGUAAGUAGAUAUUCACAAGCUCAAAAGGUUCCUGUCAGUAUCCCAAUAUCAAAACCUCCCGAUAUUAGAAAAGAUAAAAUCACUUUUUAUCAUUAGCACUGGAGAAGUUUUCUGCGGUUCAUGUUUUCAUUUGCUCCACGUCGCUGGCUGUUUUCGCAGGCUAUGUUUCCAUAAAGAAUGUUGCCGAAAUCAAUAUCCCAUAAAUCCUAUCGCAAGUUGUGACUUAAAAAAAAUUGCAGCUUUGAAUUUAUCUGUUUAGUACAUAUUCAAGUUUUGGCAUCAGCACAGUUAGACUGCCAGGACCCGCUUCGGUGAUAGUUGGAUGCUGGGACUCACAAGAAUUGUUUUUCGACGCAUUCAUUGAGAGACAACUUUUAACAAGAAAGUGACAAUAUCUCCUACGCUUGUUUAAAAAUAUGAUUUCCACUUUUUGCAGGCGAUCGGUGGUCAACAACCCAUUGAAGGAGUAUAUCUUCCCAUUCAUGAUGUAGAACAGACAGAACAUGGAUCUCAACAGCUUUUUAUUGGUCAACCUAACGCUGCAGGCAUUUAUAAUGGGCUGAUGGAUCACCAAGGGAUCUCACCAUUGCCAGUUGUGCCACCAAGAUACCCUGACCGUCUGAAAGAGAUACUUGUUGAGAAUAUGAAUUUUCAUCCAAUGCAGGAGGUUCACUUAUACCAGUUUCGAUCUCGAAGAGGUAGACAGCCGAUGCAGUACGCGGAGCAAACUAGAGGAAUGCAGUUCAGAGAUUGGUCCGAAGCUAGACCACCAGCAACUCAGAUGCACUGCGGGCGAGGACGGACUGUUCCAACUGAGUCGUUCGCUGGAAUCAGGUGCCCUAGAUCUGUCGAGGAGACCAGCCAAUUUCCGGAGCAGAAUCAAGGAGGUGAACGCAUGCGUGCAUCCAGUUAUCCACGACAGCUGACUUUGAACAGGUCAGUAUACGUCCUCAAAUUAAGCCAAACGCAUAUCCCAUCGAACUAAUUCGAGGGCUAGUUUAAAUUUUUCCCGAUCCUCUGGCCACGGGUAAGCAGUGCGUCAUGUUACACCUUGACUUGAUUGAAAUCGCAGUGGUUGGUUUUACAUCUCUAAUGAGCUUGCAGGAAUAGCAAAAAUCAUGACGUAGUUUAAUAGACAGUUUAAUUUCUAUGAUCUUUUUGCUACCUAGCCUGCGAACGGCAGACAUUUUUCCUCGCUCAUCGCCGCUGAGGAACGUUUCGCGUUUCCUCCUCGCGAAAUUAAACGUCCCUCAGCGGCGAUGAGCGAGGAGAAACGUCUGUCGUUCGCAGGCUAUUUGCUACCUAGUUACUUAUUAAUACGCUGAAAGGGUCUUUUAAAGAAAGCCAUGAAAUUCUAAGUAAACAUCCGGAAAUUACAGCAGUUACAGGUCAUAAUGACUUCCAUAAACAUCGCACAAGCGUCAAAGUUUACUUUUUUAGCCAGUAUAGCAUCCAAGUUUGUUAGCGACUGUUUCCAAUUUGUCUUUUUCCCCGGGGGGGAGGGGGUAAUGCCAUAUAUGGGCUAUAUAGGUAUGUGCAGCUGUGAAGGGUAUGGUUUUCAAGCAGUUUAUUCUAGGAUAGGGUAUAUAAAUCAGAGCGUUUGGGUCUAGAAUAGGGUAUCAUUUUUCAGGAAACUGAUCAGUUGGUUGCAGAUUUUAUCUAGACUAGGUAAACAGCUACUCUAGGAUAGGGGGGAUUUGGGAAGUUUACUCUAGAAUAGGGUAGCAAAAUUCAGCUGAACUAGCUCUGGUAUAGGUUAAGGGUUCCAGGGUCCCAGCGGCACAUCCCCACCCAGAAAUUCCUAAAGUACCCCCCGGGGUCUUUUCCCUAUGCCACAACUCAAAAACCGCCCUUACAAAACCAACCAGACUUUUACGAAAAAUGAAAUAAUCAUCCUAAAAUCGAUUUUUCUCUACAGGUCAAGUCCACCAGAGCCUUUGUUAACUAAAGGUCAGAUCUGUGGUGGAGAUUAUACUUGGAUUAUAGAGCAUUUCUCUCAGCUCCUCCAGGGUGAUAGUGAUGGAAUAAAAACAUCACUUGAUAGUCCUCCGAUUUACACUAGUUUGUGUGGAUACAAGUUCUUCAUGCGUAUCUACCCAAAAGGCGUUGAUGGUGGAGAUGGAAGACACAUUGCCCUUUUUGUUGGUAUGAUGAAGGGGGAUUUUGAUAACAGGCUCAAAUGGCCAUUUUGUGGACGAAUCUCCCUCUCCAUGUUGGAUCAAAGCAAUGAUGCUCACAGCCUCUGCAACGAUGUCAGUGGCACUUUCAUGGCCAACAGAAAUCUUGAAGCUUUUCAGAAACCCUCUGCCAGCGGACAAUACACUACCCUGUAUGGCUACGAGAAGUUUGCGCCCAUCGACACGGUUCGUUGCCCACAGUACUCCAAAGAUGAUGCAGUGAUGAUCAAUAUCGAGAUUCACAAAAAUUUCUAA